AUGCGGCAUAAUCAUUGCAUUGCAGUGAUAAAGAGUCAGAUAUCGGGGGUGACGGCCUUCGGAAACACAUCAAGCCUCCUGGUUAAGCUGGAUCGAGUUUCAGAACAGCUCCUGCCCCAGCCUCCCAUACAUUCGCCAGGCAACUUGAAGCCAAACGGGUUUUUGGCUCCCUCCACUGGCUUCGUGGACACCAACGACGAGCGCAUACUGCUGCUCAGUCAAACGAGACGACUAAAGCAUGAAUACAACAUGGACAAUCAGGUAACUGAUAUGAUGGCGUAUGACCAACCCGCUGAUUUCCUUUUCACAACACCUGCAUCAAAAUCGCUGCUACUACCCGCCACGGAAUCAGACGACACCAAGGGGGUUACAGAGCACUCAAAGUCUGAACGCAGGAAGCGCAGACGGGAAGAAAGACUUCAGGGAAGGCUGAGUAAGAGACGUCGACGUAACAAGCGUUCCUCCCUCAUUCAGGUUCCACAUGCGACAGAAACCUCGUCAAGCCAGAGCAUGCUGUUGGAAUGCGCUGGGUGUUCACUACAGUUACCAAUCUCACCAAUGGCACCAAAUUCAGCUACACGUUGGUUAGUUAUGGCCAAAAAGUUGGACAAUUCUCGCUUAAACCUCACCAACACGUCGCCAAUGCUGCAGAUAACCUCAUUGAUGGCCUGGCAGAAAGACUCUCCAGGAUUCCGUGAUGCUCUUCAUGACAUUCGCACCAUACCCCGAACCAUACUCUGUAAUCCAAACACGAAGGUUGAAUUGAACUUGGAUGGCUUCCAUCACAUCGAAACGACGACACCACUUCCAACACCCUUUCGCCAAUCCGUUCGAACAAGCUGGAGUAGGCAAGGAUGGGUAACACAAUCAAGGCAGCCUGCACCUCCGUGGAACCUACCGGCUCCCCUCGAAAGUCUAUUUCAGAAUGAUGCUGCCGUUGGAAAUCGCAAAACGAAGAGGCAGCAACGACAAAUGCGAAAACAACGCAACCAAUUCGGCCAACGACAAAUAGGCGACUCGGUGAAGGUGAGAGCAAAGCCGAAGAACGAGGAAGAGAAGGAGCGCCGUCGGCGUCGCCGGAAGGCCAGAAAGGAGCGACUGGCUCGCAUGCCUCCUCAGCAGCGGGCGGCAUGGCUGACCCAGCGACGCGCUCGUAGGGCGCAAAAACAGUUGAAGGGACGUCAAAUGCUCCAGCAUCAAGCGUACAAUCACACAAAUGGAUCACGUGUAUCGUUGCUUUAA